CUUGGCCCAGCGGCCGAGCCGACAGAGCGGCGAGAUUCUCCCACAGCAGCACCGCACCACGGGCACGGGGCACGGCGAGCGCCGCCUGCGACCCUCUCGCCGGCGAUGGAGGAGGUGGGAGUGGAGGUGCCUCUCCCGAGGAACAAGCUAUCCAUUGAACCGAGCAGGGACGGAGGAAUCCGAGGCGACAUGGUGCUCGUGGCCACCGGGAGCUUCAAUCCUCCCACGUACAUGCACCUGCGCAUGUUCGAACUGGCAAAGGAUGAACUUCAGCAGCGAGGGUAUAACGUGUUGGGUGGCUACAUGUCUCCGGUGAAUGAUGCGUAUAAGAAGAAGGAUCUCUUACCGGCUGCUCACCGGAUUCGUUUUUGUGAACUUGCGUGCAAAAGCUCAUCUUUCGCGAUGGUUGAUCCAUGGGAGGGCAUGCAGAAAGGUUAUCAGCGCACUUUGACUGUCCUUUCAAGAAUUCGGAACUCUUUGUGCAGGGGUGGUUUAGCUGAUCAAGGCAGCCUGAAGGUAAUGCUUUUAUGUGGUUCUGACUUGCUUGAGUCAUUCAGCACUCCAGGAGUUUGGAUCCCUGAUCAGGUCAGAACUAUAUGCAAGGACUUUGGUGUCAUAUGUAUACACAGAGAAGGAAAAGAUGUUGGCAAUUUGAUAGCCAGCAGUGAUAUACUGCAAGAAUGCAGGGAUAACAUCAUUUCCGUCGAUGAGAUUGUACCAAAUCAAAUCAGUUCAUCAAGGGUAAGAGACUGCAUAAAAAGAUGCUUGUCGAUAAAGUAUCUUACUUGUGAUGAAGUAAUUGAAUACAUUAGAGAACACAAGCUGUUUAUGGAAGCUGAAGGCGGUGAUACAAGAUUGUGAUAAUAGUGGUGUUUGAAGUUAAAUGACUUCUUCGCAAUCAACAUGUGUGGCCUGUGGACGGCUAUCUCCAGAUAACAUCUGGAUCAGGCAUGUUGACCAGUUGUGGAAAUUUAAUUUGAAAUACAAAAUAAAAGCAGAUAACAUCUGGAUCAGGCAUGUUGGGCAGUUGUGGAAAUUUUAUUUGAAAUACAAAAUAAAAGGGGUUACGGACAAACACAAUGAAAUAAAAGGGGCUGACCACUUAAGUCAAAUGUUACUUUGUGGAAUUUUAGAGUUUUUGUAUCUUUGCUAGUUUGGCUUAAAUAGAAAAUAUUCAGAAGCAAGUGCUACAUGUUGUCAUUCUCAUUCACAACAUUAUGACGCUCACUUUUACUUAUCAACCAGUGCCAUCUGCCCA